UUUUUUGACCUCUCUGAGGACUUUUUCUUUUACCAUGGGAUGCGUAUAGUUUCACUGCUGCAGCUGCAGCCAUGAUUCGGGCGCCGCUCGAAAGAGAACCCGGCAGUCCGAACAGGAACACCCAGAUUGGAUGUUGUCCCAACUCGCCAAGUUCCAUCACCCGGAAAGCGAGCUCUUUGUCGGCAAACUUGAGUGGUCGGAAGAAAACCAGGAUUACGUCCCGAGAAGGCUCAUGGCAGCGCACGACCACGAGAGCGAGCUCCGCGACGACUAUCUGCGAAACCGCGUACGCCACACGAGCGACGUGGACGAGGUCGACCGGCAGGUGCGGCGGCUCGUCGGGCGCUACGAUUCGCUGGAACACCUCGAUCUGGUGGAAGCAGCAGUAGACCCGGGAAGUGAAGAAGGGAAGGCGGGGCUCGCACUCAUUGGCAAGGCUCCGGAUAAAAACGCCCCCGCGCGGCCCCUCUCUGGGGCCAAGCGGGUUUUGCUCCACGAAGAUUGGGUGGACGCAAGAGAGGCAGCGGACGAACAGGCGGCGUCUUCAUCAAAAAGCCGGCACUUGCUAGAAGAGGUUCAUCGCGAGAGCGACCAGAUCUUGCGCGAACUGCUAAGCGAUGACGCGGUGCAGCAUGUGAUCUUCGGCGGAGUAAGUGACGACGUGAACAGACGGCUUGCUCUUGCAACGCCGUCCAGUGGUGCCGUGGGAGGGAAUCAACAGCCACAGCACGACGAUUUCGAUGUCGAAGAAUUCGUCGAGUUCGAGUUUCGUCGGCAGACGAAAGACGCGAAUGGGAACCGCGCCCGCCCUCUGCUAGGCAACUGGGAGGAAAUCGAGCAGUUCAUGCAGCUCGGCCGGCAGUACAAUUUCGCGCGGGCGCGCAACAGCCUGCAUCGCUUUGUUCGAACACUGCUGGAGCACACGAUACUUCUGCACGAAGGCGAAGUAGAUGAUGUGGUAUCAGGACCGCAUGAUGUUGUUGAACAGCCAGCAGUGGUUCCGAAUUAUCGCGCAACUUCGGUUGUACAAGAACUACCGCAGACCGCGGAACUAUCUUCCACCCACCACAUUUCCCGUCGCGGCAAGUACUGGACCUUUGCGAGCCGGUCCUUCGAUGCGUUGGAUGCGGCGGCGGAAGUGUCGUUUGGAUUCGAGAGCGAGAGACGGCGCCAACUCGAAGAACUUUCCGAAGAGGAGGCCGAGGCACUGGUUGCGGCCGAGACCGGCGGGACGGCAGCCAAAGACGGACCACCGAUCACACUGUCGAUUACGGUCGGUUUGGUCACGAUGGAGCCGUCGAAGUUGCAGCAAUUCUUCGGGGCCACGCCGGACGAGGUCGCCAGUGCGCUACUGACCGCGUUCGGCGGGACUGACACAAAUGCCCGGCGGCGGUUGGCGGUGGACCCCGCAAGCGUCAAUCUUGGCGUCACCGAAGUUGGCUUUCAGGACCCCUCCAUGACAACGGGCCUCUUAAACGCGACGCUGUACCCCAUACCGGUACUGGCGCAGCCAGGCGGCACUGACGCGCCGGUGGUCGACCUGCCGACCGCCACGACAACAACGACGAGCACCAGCACCAGCACGUCGUCCACCACGACUGUCACUUCUACGACGACCACAACAACAACCAGCUCGACGACAUCCACCACGACGACAACCACAACGACUGUUGCGCUGGUAGAGGUCGAGGUGGAGGUGGUGGAAGUGACGGUCAGCGUGCCAACGGCAGUUCCCCUGGUUGUGACACCGGAACAGGAGGUCGCGAUGGCUUCUUCACCGUCCGUGCAGGCGGGGCUGGAGGAUGCCUGCUUGGAAAAGUACGCAAGCGCCAGUUCGGAUGUGACCGCCUGCGAAGUUAGUGACAUAGCCUUUCAAGACGCGAGGGUUUUGAUUGCUGAAGAUGAAGAAGAACCACAGCAUGUGGCGGUCUUGUCUUAUCCUGUCGUUCAAGGGGGACAUCAUCUUCAAAGCCCAGCACCGGCGCGCAUGCUGAAGGUCGAAGCAGCGGGGCUGGGAGCAGAAAACGUUUUCGGCAUCGAUGAGAUCCGAGGCAACAUUGCGCGCUUGAAAAACGUUGAACCGACUGAAGACACGCCACGUCUGCUGCAGCUGUGGGAGCGGCGGCUAUCCGCGUACGAAAAAGCCAGCGCCGAAUCGCGCAAGCACCACCGUCGUUUCCCCUUGCUCACGGCGACGGACGCCAAAAUCCUGACGCAUUUGCACCGCGCACAGGCAGAGGAUGCCGCGCGCAAGGGAAGAAGUCUUGGAUACGGCACUUCUAGCGAGCACGCAUUAAAAGUAGCGGAAUGGGCGACCAGUACUAGCCAGCUUGCACACGACUCUACAACUCGGAGGAGGACUCAAGCCGUGUCAAAAGUGAUGACGUCGAACAGCAACCUGAUCCUCCAGUCCUCCUCGGCCACCGCGGCAAAUUCGGUCACAAGUGCGGUGACGGCGGCAGCGACUAACGCUGAUCCCGCGGCUUUAUCGGCGUUCACCGCAGCCGUAAAGUCCUCAAUCGCCCAGAAAGUCGCGCAGGCCGCGGCGGCGGGCACUCCAGACCCGGUCACCGCGUUGCCGGCGAGUCAGCAGCUGUCCUCGGCGAACAUCAAUAACAUGGUGCAACCGAUCACACCGAACCUCCUACCCAAUCCCGCCACCAUCUCCGCCUCCGCGCCGGUGACAAAAACGGUGACGAAGGAGGUAGCUGUGACGGACACGACGACCACGGACGCGCCGACGAAUUUUUUCAGCAGCAUGACGGAGGAGGAUGCGACGCUGAUAACCGUGGUGAUCGUGCUGCUGUCACUCGUUGGGGUCGGAGCGGGUUUUGCCUAUUACCACCAACUGCAGCACCGGAAGGAGCUGAAGGGCGACAUGCAGCACUUGAAGAACGUGCACGUGGAGCUCGCGGAGUCGCACAAAGAGCUGCACAAGCGGCACUCCGAGUUGCACGAGGUGCAUUUGGACUUACAAAAAAGCCAUAAGGAACUCUGCGAAAGCCACAAAGAGUUGCACGAGAAGCACAACGACCUGCACGACAAACACGACGAAUUGCUCAUGCUGUCAAUCCGGAACUCGGGCGGGCUGCCGGGCGGGCCGGAGGAUGUUGACCAUGUCCCCGAGGGGAGUAAGAACAAAGUACUCGCAAUUGAAGAUGUGAACGUAGCAGGGGGCGGUCUUGACGUAGCGGACCGCCCCGCGGGCUCUCUAGCAGAGCCACCAACCGGGGAAGAUCGAACGAGGCCGAUCGAAAAACCGGGCAGGCAUUCUGUCGAGUUAGCGCACCCUGCGAAGCUUGCGAGCCUGAAAAAUGCUGUAGUACCAGAUCCGGCGGAAAAAUCGAAGGACGUGGCGCAACCGCACACACCGCGGAGGCAGGAGGCAGCAGCACACGUCGGAAAAACAAAAGGGCUGAUGACGCAUGGAAGUAAGCCCAUGAAGGACUUUGAGAGUGACGUUGUCAAGGAAGUAGUAGAAGAGGGGAAUAAUCCGAAUGCCUCGAGAGCAACCAUUGCGCCCGACGAAGUUGCUGACCCAGCAGCGUCGAGGGCGACCAUUGCGCCCGACGAAAUCAAGCCUGCCGCUCCGAAAGCGACGGAGAAGAGAGCAUCGCUAGAAAAAGCAGCAGUGGCUGCAGUGCCGCCGAUUGCGAUGGACAAUGUUGCACGGGCUCCGAUGGAAAAGCCGGCAGAGUUGAAGGGGCCGAUUUCUCCGAGGGAUAAUUCUCCGAUGUUGAAGGCGACAACCGCACAAGGAAGCGACAUUUCGUCGCAUUCUCCCGCGAUGAAACAGGUGGAGAAACCUCCUUCGAAGCCAGCGGAAAGACCUCCUGCGAAGGCCGCACAAAAUCCUCCUGCGGUUGUUCCGCUUGAACAAGCUAAGGCUACGCCUUCCCGCCCCCACAGCCCGCGCCACGUGAGCCCACGACACGCCCCCCCCUACAGCGGUAUACAAGGACGUGCAUAAGCCGGACAUCAAGCCGCAAGCGGAACCAGUUCGGAAACCAGAUAUCAAGCCGGAAGCGAAGGAGGGACGCAGGCUGGGCACCCGAAACUUCACCAGUGAAGAACUUUGAUAGAAAAAGGAAUAUUUCAUACGAGUUGAAACUUUAAAACCUCACUCGCUCUACUGCAUUGAGGGGCGCCACGCGCCAGAUGAAGAAAAAAAACGGAAUGAUCGGGCGGUAAAUUUCCAUCAAUUUUUUUUUUGUCGAGAUGUAUUCACGUACACUAAAUGGGUCGGCGAAGUAGGCCUACUUAUAACUUUUUUUUGUUUUAUCCUGUACCAUGCAUUCAAGAGCUAUACUCAUAUGUCAUAUGAUUUAUCUUCAGACGGUGUUAUUUCCUUCUCCCUCGAGGUAUUUCAACCUAUCGGUCUCAUAUAUUCAAGAUAUUUUUCAUUUUCGACUUUGAAUGAGGGCAUUGGCCUGCAUUUAUCGGAGCAACCUUUCCGGUCGUGUUUCUUCAUCCUGUUUCCGGAUUAAAGUCCCCGUACAUGAUACGAUACAAUAAAAUAUUCAAAGCCUGAAAUUGUAGAAUGACAGUGCCGGUUACGGUUUGCUUGUUCAAUCACGAAGGAAAAGAAGAGCAGAAAAGAAAAUCCGAAUAAAGAGAAAUGCCGCAAG